CGCUUUUCGCGUUGCCCAGAGAAGGCGGAAGGCAGGCGGGGGCGGAAACGUUCCUGCCCUCGGACCAGGAAAGGGCGGAACAGGCUCGCCUCGCCCGUCUCCAUUUUGCUCUCCUAACUGCGCGUUGGUGGUCGGAGGGGACGCCGGGCUUCUUAGCCACAUUCCAGAAUGUCAUAUCCAGGAUAUCCUCCAUCAGGCUACCCAUCUUUUCCUGGUUAUCCUCCUACAGGACAGGAAUAUCCACCUGCUAAUCAGUAUUCUUACCCUGCGGUGCCUGGAGGCUUCCCACCUGUGGGAGGCAGUGAAUAUAAUGUAGCUCCACCAACGGGGGAAUUCCCAGGGUUUGCAGGCUACCCAUCUGCACCUGGUGGGUAUCCUCCCGCAUCUAGUGGAUACCCUGGACUACCUCAGCCUGGUGGCAUGCCUACUUAUCCUGGAGGUGCUGGUUUCGGAGUACCUCCCUCUGGCUCUGGUUUUGGCUGUCCACAGCCUCAAACCCAAACUUAUGGUGGAGGUGGUCCAGUCCAAAUGCCAGCUGGGUAUCCUGGUGGACGAACACCAUCAACACCCCUGCAGCCUGCAGCAUUAACUCAGAGCACGCAAGGAACAAUUCAACCAGCUCCUAACUUCGAUGCAGGGAGGGACGCAGAAAUUUUGCGCAAGGCUAUGAAAGGAUUUGGUACGGAUGAGCAAGCAAUCAUUGAUGUUGUUUCCAACCGUUCAAAUGAACAGAGGCAACAAAUUAAAUCUGCUUUCAAGACUAUGUAUGGCAAGGAUUUAAUUAAAGACCUGAAGUCGGAACUUAGUGGGAAUAUGGAAGAACUGAUCCUCGCGUUGUUCAUGCCACGUACCUAUUAUGAUGCCUGGAGUUUAAGGCAUGCGAUGAAGGGGGCAGGUACCCAAGAAAAUGUAUUGAUUGAAAUUCUGUGCACAAGAACAAAUCGGGAGAUUCAAGAAAUAGUCCAAUGUUACAAGAGUGAAUUUGGAAGAGAUAUCGAGCAUGAUGUUCGGGCUGAUACAUCUGGUCACUUUGAACGAUUACUUGUAUCUAUGUGUCAGGGUAAUCGGGACGAGAAUCCUACUGUAGAUUAUCAAAAAGCUCAACAAGAUGCACAACGACUUUACCAAGCUGGAGAAGGAAAGCUGGGAACGGAUGAGUCUUGCUUCAACAUGAUCCUUGCAUCUAGAAGCUUCCCCCAGCUGAAAGCUACCGUGGAAGCUUAUUCACAGAUAGCUAACCGCGAUUUAUUAAGCACCAUUGGCCGGGAAUUUUCAGGAAAUGUAGAGCGUGGCUUGAAGACUAUCUUACAAUGUGCUCUAAAUCGCCCAGCCUUUUUUGCAGAAAGACUUUAUCAUGCCAUGAAAGGAGCCGGCACAGACGAUUCUACGCUGGUUAGAAUUAUUGUAACUCGCAGUGAGAUUGAUCUUGUACAGAUCAAGCAGCUGUUCACACAGAUGUACCACAAGACUUUGGCUACCAUGAUUUCAAGUGACACCGGUGGGGAUUACAGAAGCUUGCUCUUGGCCAUCGUGGGUCAAUAGGAAGCAACUGUCAGAAAAUAAAACAAGAGCUGCAAACAGCCAACUAUUGCUACCAGCUAUCAGAGCUUAUAAAAAUAUAAGUUAUCCUAGACAGAUAAGUAUGCAUUGGUUGAUCAGGAUCUUUUACUUUGCACAUAUAAUUGCCUUAAUUUAGCACACCACUUACUUUACAAUAAACUUGCUGCCUGAAAUGUGUCUGUUCUAUUAUUGUCACAAAGUCUGUUACUUGCUUUUAGUCCUGUGCACUUUGCAUAAUGUUUGUUUACUCUAAGAAAGGACAGGAUAAUGCGUGUAUAGAGCUACACUCGGAUAAUGUACGCAUUUCCAGUUUUUGAAAUUGUUCAUAAAUUUGGAAAUUAUGAAACUGUGUAUCUUUAGUAUGUAUUGUAAACACCAAAAUAGUCUAUUUCCCAGGAGAAGCAGUUUGUUUUCAUAAUUAGUUCCUAAAUCUUAUUGUAAAAGUUUCAACGUUCCAAUUUUAUCUGGACCCUUAGUCAAUUUUCUGAGAUUAAAUCUUAUUUAGCUUUUUCCUGUUUAUUUCAGAUUCUUUAAAUUCUAAGCUUGUGAUUAAAAAUUUUCUUUCAUUUUUUGAUUGAAGGCAGAUUGAUCUGACAUUUUCCAACUUGUCUUUCUAAAAGUUUCUAAUACCUUAGGAAUAGUUAAUGAGUUUAUUCCUGGAAGUGAUUAGAAAGUAAUGUUUGCUAAUUUAGUGUCCUUUAAAAGCCUCUGCUGUGGUGACAAUCAAUAUUAGUAUUUAGAUGUUGCAAUAAUAAAGAGACCCUUUUAUCCAACCCAAAGUCACCCCAGAUGUUUUACACAGAAUUUUCCCCUCAGUUUUUAAUCUGGCUGAAGAUUUUAAUCAAGUCUUGACUCUUUAACGACUGUGGUACACUUUCAAUUUUAAGAAAACCGAGCUCUUUAAGAAAGUACUGUAAAUCUGUUUUUUUUUUUAAAUUUAAUAUAGUAGUGGUGAAUAUACUUAAUGUACUUAAGAUGAUUUAUUCCCAAGUGGAUUUUUAGUUUCUCAAGCUUUGAUUGAGGGUAGAAAACUGCAUUUUAGCUUGCAACUUCUGAUAAUUGCCUAGUUGUAUUGCCUAGAGUUUUU